AUGCAGAAUGUAUCUGUGGUCCUGUUGGUGGGAGUCCUGACGGUGCUGGUGACUCUGUGGGCUGGAGUGGACACAGCCCCCACCCUGCUGACUGACAGAGGAGACAUAAAGCUAACAGGUCCAGCUACAGGGGACUCAAUUGUGCAAGAGAGAACGGAACCGUCAACGGUCAACGCUUCUAGACCACUGAAGACCACACUGAUGACCACCAUCCCUGUUGGUCGAGAAAAGACAUCCACACCCACCAGCAGUCUGGAUAGCCGAUUGAAGAUGGAUCCGGUGACGAGCAGUCCAGAUAGACGAGCCCAGAUCCUGAAGAUGCUGUCAGUGCUGGAGGAACUCAGCAGGGCGAUCAACAGCACUCUGAGCACACGGAUGACCAUGAUGCCCAGAGGGUCAGCAAACGGCAGAAAUUCAGGAAAGAAGAAGAAAGCGGUAGCUGAGGCGGAUAGAGUGAAAACCACCACAGUGCCUCUUGUGGAUGUUGGAGGUAGCGUCACUGCAUCCCGGCCCAGCACUGACGGCAUAGACAGUCUGAGUGGCCGAAACUUCAAGAAGUCCCUCCCACAGCAACCCAAGAAGCCCAACAACAAGAGAGUGUGUUUCUGGAAGUACUGCUCCCAAAACUGA